AUGAAGAAGAAUUCAAAGGGCUACAAUGAAAAUUUAGUUUCUUCAUCUUGUCAGGCAGAAGAAGAGCUAAAAAAAGGAAAAGAUGGAGGAAAAGAGAAAGGUAAACCUCCUGGCAAGAAGGAGAAACCCCCUAGUGCCAAGACAGCUGAGAAAGAAAGGAAAGGAAGAAAGACAGACGUAGCCUCUGCAGUGCCAGCUACUGUUAAAAAGAACACCCAACUGAAGCGACGAGGAGAAGAGGAAGAGGAGUACAAAUACAUUGAUGAUGAACCAGAUGAUGGUGCCCACUAUUACUUUAUAAUCUUGGGUUUCCACAACCCUCAGCUACUGCCUGUGAUGUCUGAGCUUGGAGUUAAUGUUUCAAGUGUAAUCAGGAUUUCUUCUGAGAAUUAUGAUCCAUUACAGACAUACUUGGAAGCAGCUAAACUUCAAGAAGAAUCUUUACUUUCACCUGAAGGAUACUGA